CUACCCCAUACCAAGCUCCUCCUCGUCGACGCCGCCAUCGCCUGUUCGGAAACACCUGCACAGGAGGUCGCAGUCGCCGAUCCCUCACCUCGCCACUCUUCUCCCGACCAGCGGCCACCAGCACCAGCACCAUCACCACCACCGCCGCCAAUACUCGCCAUCAACACGCGCUGCAGACAUCUCGCGUCUGUUGGAUCCCGCGUACGCGAGCAGCUCUUCCUCGUCCUCAAUGAGCGCGACGCCUUCGCCACACGCGCAGACGCGCGCCUACGUUGACCACAACGGUGACCUCCACGAUCCCGACUACCGCGACUUCCCCGUUCUUCGCGCGACAACGCACUCUCCGACCACCCGCAAGCAGCGACGCACCAGCACAGGUAGCGCGAACGCGGCACGGUCGCGUAGCCACGACAGGUAUCCGGUCAACGCGAACCCGACGCGUCCUGGUUGGGAACGCGACUGGGGAACAGAGGUAGACGACUCGGAUGUGGAGGACUUCGACGACGACACCGAGAGUCAGUCCCACUUCAGCCCUUUCGCGUCUCAACACGCGGCAACGCGCAAGAACACGUCGCAUAGCGCGUUCAACUUCUCCCCCUACCACCCUCCAAACUACUACUACUUCGCCGACGCGCCCCAGACGUCGAGUCCAGUGGGUUCGUUGGAGGAGGAGCACCCGAACGCGCUCGGCCUGCACGAGUCGCCGUUCGGGGAAGACGAGACCGAGGAAGUUGUGGAGGAUGUGCGCUCCCGGUCAGUCUGCCUCAUCAGGAAGACGACCAAGCCGAAGAAAAACGCGCCAAAGGACGAAAAGUCUGAGGAGCCCACUCAGGUUCUGAGCGCGUUCGACGAGAACGACGUUGACGAGCACGCGACAACUCCGACGUGCACGCAUAUCCUGCGUCAGCAAUGGGAGGUCCUCUCUCUUCGCGUCCGCUUCGGCCUGUUCCACGCGAAGCGGCGACUCCGCCGGCGACGCACAUAGACGACUUUUUUCUCUUCACCAUGGGAUCCUCUUUCCCUCCACCAUAGCUUUCUGCUGGCGCACAGGCUGAAGAAACACGCCGGCCCCGGUCGACUCGGCUCGCGUGCGCGCGGACACGCAGGCCAGGUCGAUGUGCGCAUCUCCGCUCGACCCCUGCCUCUGUCUCCCGUCCCCAGCGCGCAUAGGCACGCCUGCUGACCCGUGGAAUAUCUAUUCCGCGGUGACCACUCGCCGUUCGCAUCGCUAUCCUUAUGCAUUCACAUCAUCGGCCCGUCCGUCUCUCUCAUGUUUCCUCCCCCUCUCGGCACCCUCGGACUCUCUGGCCUCGCAGUUAUCCGGCCCGUCCCGCAUUUCCUCACGACUCGCGGCACCGAAUGGUGCGCGGCGCACGCGUUCGCGCGCGCGUCGCGGCGCUCCCACGCGCCUCUCCCACCUGUCUCAUACAUAUGCUCUCCGUCUCCCCCGCCCGCUUCACGCUCGUGUGCACGCAUGGCCGCGCGUACGAACGAACGCACGAACGAUGUCUCGCCCGCCCAGGACGCUCUGUCUCUCUGCCUCUCCCCAUGCUUCCACACGCCCAUCCACAUUCCGCAUUCCGCAUCCCAUCCCACACGGCUUCUCACGUCAUUCUACGCUUUCGACGCAUUCGCAUUGCAUUCUCCUUUUUUUCACGUCGCUUCUCAUUGCACAGUAUAUUUU